AUGCAGGAUAUACCUAUUGUGGAUCUUGUGCAGCCCAUGCUUACAAACAAGUGGAUCCUAAUAUUACCCGAAAAAUUUUCAUUCUUGGGCCAUCCCAUCACGUGCCCCUUUCCCGAUGUGCACUUUCCAGUGUGGACAUUUAUAGAACACCUCUGUAUGAUCUCCGAAUUGACCAAAAGAUUUAUGGAGAAUUGUGGAAGACUGGAAUGUUUGAGCGUAUGUCCCUACAGACAGAUGAAGAUGAACACAGUAUUGAAAUGCAUUUGCCUUAUACUGCUAAAGCCAUGGAAAGGUCAGAGGUUCCGUUACAGUUACUAUGAUGAAUCCCAAGGAGAAAUUUAUAGAUCCAUUGAGCACCUAGAUAAAAUGGGUAUGAGCAUUAUAGAGCAGCUAGAUCCUGUAUCUUUUAGCAAUUACUUGAAGAAAUACCAUAAUACAAUAUGUGGAAGACAUCCUAUUGGUGUAUUAUUAAAUGCUAUCAAUGAGCUCCAGAAGAAUGGAAUGAAUAUGAGCUUUUCAUUUUUGAAUUAUGCUCAGUCAAGCCAGUGUCGAAGCUGGCAAGACAGCUCAGUGAGUUAUGCAGCUGGAGCACUUAUGGUCCACUGAACCACUGAAUGCUCAGGGAUGGCACCUGCACACACUCUGUAUACGGGGUCCCAGCCUAGCCCUUACAAAGAUACAGUCCCUGGUCUUUGGGUAUACUGAAACCUCAAACUAAUAGAACUCUCUUCUUUUCUAGUAGGUGUAGUCCUUCCUUAGUUUCAACUCAUUUAAAAAUGCUUUCUUGUUUAGGACAAUGGAAGGAAGGCUGGUAUUGAAACAUUUUGUGGUUGUUUUUUUUUGGAAAAGGUAAUGGCUAUGAAGGCACGGUGGCAGACAGUCCUUACAAAUACAACAUGUAAAGCAUUUACCAUAUUCUAAAUUUGCACUCUUUGCAGACCUGUGCACAUGUACUCAGCUUUCAGAAUAGUUUUGCAAGUUGUAAACGGAAAAAGGAGUGGAAGCUUUUUAAUAAAAGAUAAAAAAGGAAAACAACGCAUUUAUAAAUGAUCCUGUAUUAGAAUAUAAUAAAACUCCAGUAUAGUCAGUUACUACCCGUGAUGUACAACAGAUAUCUAUUUUAGUUGCUAAUAAAGGGCUACAGAAACCAAAA